AUGUUUGCCCGGAGUCUGAGGUUAUCUUUGCGUGUGCCCCAGCUACAAGCUACGAGGCUGAGUCUGAGAUUCAUGACCACAGAAACAAGAGCGGCUAUCGAAGAGGCCGUUGGUUCGGCCCCGGUGGUGCUGUUUAUGAAAGGCACUCCAGAAGCUCCAGCCUGUGGCUUUUCCAGAGCCACCAUUCAGAUGCUGGGCCAGAUGGGCGUGGAUCCAGACAAAUUCGCCGCCUACAACGUCUUGGAAGACCCUGAGCUCAGAGAGGGUAUCAAGGAGUUCAGCGAAUGGCCAACCAUCCCGCAGCUUUACGUGAACAACGAGUUUGUGGGAGGAUGCGACAUUGUGAUGGCCAUGAGCCAAUCGGGAGAGCUCAGCGAGGUGCUGGACUCGGCAGACGCUCUUGUUCCGGAAGAGGAAGAAGAGGAGAAAUAG